CACGAACCGUCAAUUGUCACAACGAAGAAGAAGCAGCAGCAGCAGAAUAAUAAUAAGCCGAAGAAGACAAUAUUAGUGACUUAUGUUAAAACUAGUUUUCUUUAAACGCGCCAGUGAUUAAAUCUCUCUGCGUCAUGUUGUCACGCCGACUAUGGACGAAGUGAACGUUGUCUCUCUUGCUGUUGGAGGAUGUGUGGACGCCUGCUGCCUGCUGCUCGACCUGGUCGUCAGGACGUUCAGCUGGCUGUGUCGCUUCCUGUCCGGCGCGGGCGCUUCCCUCCACAACACGCUGGUCGUCCUGAGCGGCUCCUCUCUGGUCGAAUGCUGGAACUUUGCUCUUUUCUCCUUCCUCGCCGCCACUGAGGCCGUCUCCAGCGCCGCCUGCGGAGCGCUGCAGGUUGUGGAGGGCUGGCUGCAGACGCUGGGAGGAGUGUUUGAGAGUUUCAAGAUGGUGGGACACCUCUCCUGUCACGUGGCGUGGCGAGUCAAGGACGUGCUUCACCGUGGGUUUAUUUCAGGGAGCUGCGUCCUGCGACAGACGUGCGAAGGCCUCUGCAUCGCGCUCAGCCUCGUUCUCUACUUUGUCAACACGGUGGUCAACAUCGUCCUCAUCGGCACGCAGAACUGUCUGUCUGUGUUGGCGGGCGUCUGGGAGGUGGUGGCGGACCCCGUGCACAAAGUGUUGGAGCUGGCUCUGACUGCGCUGACCUUCCUGUACAGUUGUCUGGUCGGUGCCUCGGUGCUGCUGUGGGCGCCCUGCCAGCUGCUUCUGGACUUCCUGGGAGCGUUGGGCCGUGUCUUCAUCACUGUGUUCAUGGUGGACUCACACGGCCUGCUCAUCACCGCGUUCAUCAUCUCAGUGGCUUUGCUGUUACUGAACCCCAGACUUCCUGUCCUCGCCGGACGCCUCAGCCUCCGUUUGGUCAAUGCUCUCCUGGGAGCGUGGACGAUACUCGAACAAGCUGUGGCCAAUCGGGCGGCACACAGUACAACGAGGCUCCCGCACACCGACGCUUCAGUCGCUGAGACCGACCUGCCGCCAGCGAAUGAACCGACCCAGCCAGACCCUCCGCAGCUCCAGGAUCAGCUGGACGACGAGUCAGCGGGCGCCAGCAGCAGGAUUGGUACAUCGCGGCUGAACUGUACUCCGGUGGACGGCGACAGCUCUUCGACUGACAGCGAGCUGCUCAGCCUGCUGAAGGAGCAGGAGGAGAGGAAGAAGUGCGUCAUCUGUCAGGACUUGAGCAAGACUGUGCUGCUGCUGCCCUGCCGUCACCUCUGCCUCUGCCGGCACUGCGCCGACAUCCUGACCCAGCGCCGACACGUCCAGCAGCGCUGCUGUCCGCUCUGCCGGCAGUCCAUCACGCAGACCCUGGACGUCUUCCUCUGACGGCCGGUGGACCAGAGAUACAAGCUGCAAACUGAAGCACACGAAAACAGAAUAUCUUGGAUAAUAACGGACUCUCUGCGAUAUAGUUGUUUAUUUCUGUAAAAUAAUUAAUAGUUGGUCAGUGUCAAACUCAUGGACAUAUAAAAGAUGGACGUCGCAUCUCCACUUCCUGCCACUGUUCAAAUAUGAAACCAAAAUAUCCCGGAGCCGGGCUCAACUGAAACCGCCUUCAAAUGACAGAUUAAAAACAAACUUGAACGACCUAAAACGACAGGAACCAUCUGUGGAUGUGAUGCACUGUGAUGGUUUUUUAGGCUCUGUUUACACAGAAAGUGGAGCUUUUUUUAAAAUGAAAAUGUUUUGCAUUUUAAUAAAAGCUCUGCAUCCUUAAUUUAUCUGAUGUUGCAUCUGCCACCAGGAAGCAGUCGAGAUAUUUUGGCUUCACUUUAGGGGAGUUGUCGUUUCGUGUGUCUUUAUAUAUGUCGAUGGUCUUUAGUGAACUGUGCCAACUAAUACUAUGUGUCUUUAUUCUUUGUUCAGGAAACAUUUCUAACUUUACUCAACAGUAUUUGUGUGCGCUGACUUUUAAUCUUAACACUUAAAAACCUAAAUAUAUUUAUCUUAUUUAUGUUUGCCAUCAGCUUUAAAAAGCCAAAACAACAGAGAAGCUGUGAAGUCUCUUGAUAUGUAAGAAGUUCAUAGCUGCUGAUUAUUACUGGAUUAAUACAGCCGAGGAUUUGUGCCAAAGACUUUGCUGCAAUUGUUUUUGUACUUGUGUAAAAAUCAGUGCCUGAAUUGAACCAAAAAAGCUGCCAGUACCCCCGUUCAGUUCAACCCUGUACAGUUUAUUUAUUUAUUUAUUAUCUACUAGGGAUGUCACGAGAGCCGAUAGUUCGCUACCAAGUCGAUGCCAAGAUAUUGAAAAGCUGCACACUCACUACGCCACUGCAAGUGCAACAGGAGUCUCACAAACAAGUAAUUUAGCAACGUAACCCGCUCACAGGAUGUACAGACGAGGAAAAAUGAACAGCAGGAUACAGCUGGUUCAGGUAACUCAGGUAAAAGAUGAACUGAAGCAACAAACUCUGCAGGACAGUUUUAAAGAGAAAUUCCUUCCAGAUCUGAAAAGAUUACAAAGAGAGUUUGUUAGGCUAUUUUAAAGCCAACUAGUUAUUUAGUAUAAAAUAUAUAUGAAAUAAGUUGCAUUAAUAAUAAUACAAUAUGUAUAAAACAUUAAGGAACAGCUUGAUUGCUUUUGUUAAUUCACUGCGGAGCUUUUCAUCUGUAUUGGAUCGGGAAAAAAACUCGAGUGGGACAUUUUUUAUCGUGGUACUCAAUUGGUAUCGAGAAUUUCAUCUGGUAUCGUCCCUAAUAUCUACCGUAGACGUCCUCAUUAGUGAGUAUGGCCGCGGGGUUCUCAGUACCGGUGAGUACUGGCCCAUUUCAGGCACUGGUAAAGUGUAUGUAAGGAUGUUUUGUUCAUAUUUUAAUGUAUUUAAAAAAUAUAAAAGUCAUCAAAUAUGUGGAAGACUGAAUAUCUGCACUGGAUGUUUAAGUUGAUUUAAUUUUAUAAUUUUGAACAUUUUUAAUUAAUAUAACAUGCCUUAAUUAGUUAAUGGUAGAUUUAUUUAACAGAUAAUAAUUGAAUUAUUAAACAGGGCUUUAUUUUGUUCUCAUUCUUACAAAUCCUAAAAUAUCCUAAAUAGGAGUUUUCAAACGUUCUCCACACCAAAAGAGCAGGAUUUCCCAAACAAAUGUUCAUCUUUAGUUGUAUUUCUCUCACACAACUCAUCCAGCAUUCGUCCUCCCAGAUGUCCACUCUUAGUUUAGCUGCACAAGAUUUAUUGUGUGUGGACAACAAUGUACAGACAGUAAAGCUACAGUCUGUGAUUUCUGCCACUGGGGGUCUCUCACAUUAAAACAAUAAGAAAAAGAUUAAGUGUGAUGAGGUGGUGAAGCAGUGAGGGAUCAUGGGAGUUGUUGUCUUCACCACCAUUGGCGUCAUUGCAGUCAGCUUCUCCCGGUUAGGAUUCCUUCAAUGUUCGUGGUUCAGGAGGUUUCUACCGGGAGCCCAAUGAUCCACAGAGGUCUCCUCCUCCUUCAGUAUGAUAUUGAAAGUUGAAACCACACAAUAAAGAAAUGUCCACACAGUAUUAUAAUUGUAUGUUUAUUAUUUUAUUAUAGACAAGAGCAUCAGAAAAACGUAUCACUUUCAAAUUUGAAAAGAAAAGCUACCUGUAUGUUAGAUUGCUUUAAUAAUAAUAAAGAUUUUCAUUUGUAUAAAUUGAUGUUGCACUUCUCUGUCAUCCAGCUUUUAUAUAAAGGAAAAUCAGAAGUUCACUA